UCUACGAUCGGGAGGGCAGCGCAGCGAGACUGACAAAUUGUCGCCGUUGGACAGCGCGGGCACGAGCUCGAGCUCCUCCUCGGCACCCACCGGCAACAUCAAAGAUCCUCUAGUAUCUUUGGGCAACAUGGAUUAUUCCAGUUCUGGAGUACUUAUUUCACAUUUCACUGAAUGAAAACAUAAACCUGUUUUAAAGAUCGCAUAUACCAAAAAUGGCAUAAAUUUCUGUUGACAGAGAAAUGGAAUGUUUUAAAGAAGGCAUGAACCUUGAUAGCACAGAUGAAUCAGAUGCAAAAGCCAGUGAAGACAUUUUAGAGAAAAUGGACGAUUAUCAGUUUGUAAGAUAUGUGGAGAACCAUUGCAUUAAUUUGCAAAAUUCACUUGGCAUCACAGAAGAUGAAUUGAACGAACAAGGCACAAAGAAUCCUUUAUUAUGGGAGAAAUCGUUUGAACAUGAAAUACUCCUCGAUGUGGAUGAUGAUUUCAACUUAAAUUUUAAUGAUGUAUGUGAUUCCUAUAUCAUCUGCCUUUCUCAGUCAUCAGCAGAAGAUGUUGGUUUCAACAUUGCAGCAGACGCUGUUUACAAGAUUGAAAAUGAGCACGUUGAAAGUGAUGAAGAUAAAAGAAUAAAAACUGAAAAUAUUAACUAUGAACAUCAUCAAGAAAUUCACUGUUCUAUUUAUUCUGACAUACUCGAUGAAACAAAAAGCAAUUUAGAAGGCAACAACUGUCAGGACACAGCUGCCAAUAUCAGUGAUGAGGAACAGGAAGAGCUGCCUUAUGAUGGUAACUUAAAGAACGUUAGUGGACAUAAUACAGACACGAGGAUUGAUUCAGCUGGCCAUCUGCCACCAUUAUCCAAUCUUGUUGGGAACCUAUCAGGUCAUGGAUCUACUGGUGAAAUAAGUCAAAAUAUUCCACUUGGAGACCAAAGGUCAAUUGUGAAAAAAUAUGCUCUCCAUUGAAUUGAAUGCAAAAGUGGAUACUUCUAGUCAUGAAAAUAAAAGUGAAUUUGGUGCUAUUACAUCAGAGCAGCCAGUUGAUAUGUCGAUAUCUGGACAUGGAACUAAAGUAGAAAAUAGCUUUGGGCUUGGUGGUGGAAGAUCGAAUAUUGCCAAAUCAGUUCUACAUUACUUCUUUGAAGACGACCAAGCACUUAGUUCAUCUAAGUACAUUGAUUCUGAGACUCUACCAGAAAUCUCUUUUACAGAAAGUAUUGAAGAAACUGUAAUGAUCCACCACUUUUCACCAAAUUCGAAUGCAAAUUCCAGGAAUGAUUUAUUCACAAAGAAUAACACAUUUUCUAAAUCCGAAAGAGAUAUCUCAAAGAUGGAUGGAAAGCUUGGAAUGAAACAACAAUUAGUGGAGGUCAAAGAUGAUUGUCACUACUACAAAUCUGCUGAGGUGAAUGGGGGAAAAAGUAGCACCUGCAAAACAAAGACAAGUUGUCCAGAGACUCCACCAAAAAUAAAAGAAGAAAAGAAUGUACAAGCACUGCUUGGUAGUAAAACAGUAUCAGAAAUUGCUCAAAAUCCUAUGUUAAAAAUGGGCAGAGCAAUUUCUGGCAAUGAAAUCAAGUAUGGCAAAGGAAAACAACAUUAUCCGAAACUUGACGUUUCCAAAAUUGGCCCCAAGGUCAAAAUUCCUAAAAUGAAUGCUUACACUAAUUAUAACUGUCCAAGAUUAAGAUUAAAUAAAGUAAAGCCUUCAUUCAGCUCAUCAAAAAAAACCCAUGCCAUUCAUAAUUCAACAAUAGAUGGAAUGCAAAACAAAUUAGAUAAUGCACAAUUUUCAGUCAUUGCUACCACAGAAGUUAAUAGCAAAAACCACCACGUAGAAGUGAAUCAGAUCCCUGAACAUUUCCAACAAUUGCAGGUAAUAUAAGGUUUAUGAUCUGUAAACAGAUGUGUGCACUGUACUAUACAAUUAAUGAGGUCAAUGGCAGGACCAUAUCUAAUUGAUUCACGAACAUCUGAGAUACCUCCAGCUAUUCAUAACCUAACCAAAUUGCCACUGUGCACGGGGGCCAAGAGUAGUGUCUUGAAUCAGGUGGUCCCUGUUUUAGUUCUGACCCAGGGCAGACCUUUCUAAUUCUUCCUAUAUUCACAAUGUCUAAUUUGGCAAUUUAGUCUAAUUUUACUUGAACAGUGGUAGUUUCAGAUGAUGCCUUUAAUGCUUCCUGACUGGGCAGGCAUUUCCGGUAGUAAGCGACGAUACACACUCAGUUCGAUUGUGCAACAAGAUAAAUGUGGUGGUAUAGUAGCAUAGCGGUAGAGUGCUACUUACAGUGCCAGGGACCCAGGUUCGAUUCUGGGUGCUGUCUUUACCAAGUUUGCACGUUCUCCCUGUGACCUCAUUGGUUCUUCCUGGGUGCUUCAGUUUUCUCCCCCAUGGCAGUCGUGCAGGUUUGUAGGUUUUGGUAAAAAUGGUAAAUUGUCCCUAUUGGGUAGGGUGGUGAUUGCUGGUCCGUCCAGUGAACCGAAAGGCCUGUUUCCACACUGUAUCUCUAAACUAAAUUAAAAUGUCUCCCCUACAAAACUGCUGUCUUUCUAAUUUUAUUCCCAUGAUUUAAUUUUAGGAAGCGUUUGACAAGCUAUUAAUAAAGUAUGCAGAAGCAGAAAAUACCAUUGAUCAAUUGCGGUUUGGUGGCAAGGUAGGUGCAUUAGUUUUAUCAACAAUAUGCAGGAGUUUUAUUUCAAACAAUUUAUGAAAUGGACACCAAAACUAUACUGCACCAUUGUCAAAGGACUUGCACUGAGUUCUCGACCAUUCUUGCAUUCAGCGUUUCCUCGAGGAGUAUCCUGAAGGAGUGGGAAAGUGGCAAAGACCUAUAUUAGGCAAUGAAAGGAAAAUAUAAAUUAAUAAACUUUUGUUGUGGGUACAGACUGUAGCUAGUAAUUCAGGUCUUUGACCUGUAGUGUUCAUAUCCUUUUGCAUAUUCUUGGUUGCUGCCAAAAAAUCACAGGCAAUUCUUGACUUUUUAAAAUUAAACAUAUUAUUGGAAUGGCUGAAUAUUCCCAGAAUUUUCUAUUUUUUAUUUUUUAUUUCUAGCAUCUACAAUAUUUUGAUUUUGAAUUUUUUGAUCCUAUGUUGGGUUAAUUUUAGCAAACAUCAUACUAAUUGUUGGUUUUGAAAUGUAAGGUUUUGCCAUUUAUUUUACUUGGGUAUAUCAGUGAAACAUGAUGGCUCUGAAUUGCUUUAUAUAAUCCUAAAGUUGCAUAUGCUGUAAUAUUUCAUCAUUCUUAAUUGGUAGGACAAUCUAUUGUUAGACACAGUUAACAAUAUAUUUUGUGUAAAAUUCCCUCUAUAUGUUGAAAAAACCUACACGCAAAAAGUACAUAAAAUUAAGAGAAGCAGAUAGGGUAGACAGUCAGAACCGUUUACCCAGGGUGGAAAUACCAAACCCUAGAGGCAUAGCUGUAAUGAGACGUGCGGAGCAAGUUUUUUUAACACAAUGAUGGGGUCCUGAAAUGCAUUGCCAGGGGGUGGUGGUGGAGUCAGAUAUAAUAGUGGUGUUUGAGAAGCUUUUACACAGGCACAUGGAAGUUCAGGGGAUAGAGGGAGAUGGCUUAUGUAGAGGCAGAUGAGAUCAGUUUAACUUGGCAUCAUGUUCAUCACAAACAUUGUGGGCUGAAGGUCCCAUUCCUGUGCUGCGCUGACCCAUAUUCAUUGCACAAUCAUUGCAACAAUUUAAUGAUUCGGACCUUUGCACUGUCAAAACUUACAAAGAGCAAAGGUACAGGCACCAAAACGACACACAGGUCAUUAUGAUCAUGUCAUAAAGUUACCCACUGAAGCAAUAUCAGAACUACAGUCGCGGGCAAAAAACGUUUGGCAUAGUUUCAGCCCUAUUAUCAUCACUAACCCUACGUUAGUUAUCCAAACAGAUGCCAGUGCUCAAGGC